AUGUCGUUCAAUUUUCUAUCCGUACCAUUCUUGGUGACUGUCAUUGCUGCUGCUCAGUUCAAUCACGAUAAUUCAGCUGAAAAUGGACAGUACGCAGGAAGAGCUGCAAGUUACAAUAACGCAACGACGGACUCACCAGACUUGCCUACCGCAGUUGAGGUUCGAAUAAAACUGAAGAGUUACCUUGACCAAGGACUUCGGCUGCCAAAUGGAAUGACCUGUGUAUGUCCGAGCGGGUUUCAGUGCAGUUAUCUGGGCACGGUAGAGCCCAGAUGUUUCAUGGCGUUCAGUGUGAUGGUUUCCCCACCUCGAGGUUCUAUUCAGUACAUGACAACUGAAUUCUUGCCACUGACAGAUUCUGGAGCGUUAGACUUAUCGAGAGUGACCAAUGAACAAGCUAAUCAAUGGAGUCAACCGCAUGUUUUUCACUUGAACGGAAAACCAGCAGCAAUCAGUGUGUUCGUUCAUCAUAUGGGCGUUGAGAUAAAUGCUCAGACCGGUGCGCUUGCUCAAAUGCAAAGUGUCGUGCAUGUCGACACAUUCGUGCAAGAUCUGCAACAAGUUUUGCCAACUACGGCCAGCAAAAACGAUGACCAUAGUGUUACUUUAACUGGACAAGUAAUUCAAACGCAACUCUCGUUAUCAUAUUCAGUGAAGUGUGCUGGCGAUGCAUUGGGCAUGAACUGUGAUUUACAAUGCAACCAAUCAUCGGUUCAAUCAGACAUUGCGUUGUGUCGUUCCAUUGAUACAGGAUUCCUUUACACGUGCUCAUACACAGACAACAAUCUACAGGUUAGAUUUCACAACUGCUGUCAGCAUUUUCGCCGAAUUCUUAGAUGA